AAGUCAAUGUGAUUUUAAUUUGAAGCAGAACUGAGAAAUGGGUUCCUUUUCCUCAUUCAUUUAUACUACUUUUUGAUGGCCAUGGUAUAAGGAACUUUAUCCCAGGAAUACGACUUUGCAUUAGCACUGAACAAGAUUUGUGAUGAAAUGGAGCCUGGAACAAACUCUUUUCGAGUAGAAUUUCCUGAUUUUUCCAGCACCAUUCUGCAGAAACUGAACCAGCAGCGCCAGCAAGGACAAUUGUGCGAUGUCUCCAUUGUUGUACAAGGCCACAUUUUCCGGGCACACAAAGCUGUCCUUGCUGCCAGUUCGCCCUACUUUUGUGACCAGGUGCUCCUGAAAAACAGCAGGAGGAUCGUUUUGCCUGAUGUGAUGAAUCCAAGAGUGUUUGAGAACAUUCUCCUGUCUAGUUACACGGGACGUCUAGUAAUGCCCGCUCCAGAAAUUGUCAGUUACUUAACAGCAGCGAGCUUCCUCCAGAUGUGGCAUGUGGUAGACAAAUGCACUGAGGUUUUAGAGGGAAACCCAACAGUCCUUUGUCAAAAGCUAAAUCAUAGCAGUGACCACCAGUCUCCAAGCAGCAGUAGUUAUAAUGGCUUGGUGGAGAGCUUUGAGCUGGGCUCUGGGAGCCACACUGAUUUCCCCAAAUCCCAAGAACUGAGGGAUGGAGAGAACGAGGAGGAGAGCACCAAAGACGAGCUGUCAUCUCAGCUCACGGAGCACGAGUACCUUCCCAGCAACUCAUCCACAGAGCAUGACCGGCUGAGCACUGAAAUGGCGAGCCAGGACGGGGAGGAGGGGGCCAGCGACAGUGCCGAGUUCCACUACACCCGGCCUCUGUACAGCAAGCCCAGCAUCAUGGCACACAAACGCUGGAUCCACGUGAAGCCCGAGCGCUUCGAGCCGGCGUGCGAGGGCAUGGACGUGCACGCGCCCUACGACGAGCACCAGGUCACUGAGUCCAUCAACACCAUGCAGACCGAGCACACGGUCCAGCCUUCGGGGGUAGAGGAAGACUUUCACAUCGUGGAAAAAAAAGUGGAGGCCGAGUUUGACGAGCAGGCUGAUGAAAGCAAUUAUGACGAGCAGGUAGAUUUCUAUGGCUCUUCCAUGGAAGAGUUUUCUGGAGAGAGGUCAGAGGGCAGUCUAAUCGGGCACAGACAGGAGGCUGCCCUGGCAACAGGCUACAGCGAGAAUAUUGAAAUGGUAACAGGGAUUAAAGAAGAAGCUUCACACUUGGGAUUCUCGGCCACCGACAAGCUGUAUCCUUGUCAGUGUGGGAAAAGUUUCACUCACAAGAGUCAGAGAGAUCGACACAUGAGUAUGCAUCUUGGGCUUCGGCCUUACGGCUGUGGUGUCUGUGGUAAGAAAUUCAAGAUGAAGCAUCACCUCGUGGGCCACAUGAAAAUUCACACAGGCAUAAAGCCAUAUGAGUGUAAUAUCUGUGCAAAGAGAUUUAUGUGGAGGGACAGUUUCCACAGGCAUGUGACUUCUUGUACCAAGUCUUAUGAAGCUGCGAAAGCUGAGCAGAAUACGACUGAGGCUAACUAGAAAUAGUAUCUGGCCCUUGAGUGGCAGGCACAAAAAUAAACGAUGGUAAUUAUGCAAAUCUGGGCACAGAUGAUGUGUGCUACUUGCUAUUAUGAGAGAAGCUUAAAAAAAAUGGAAGAUAUUUCUGAAAGACCGGUUCUAAGUAGGCCAAUGAAAAAAAUCUAAUUCCUCAGAUUUGUAUGUUCCAGUCCAGGCCUGGAGUAGAUAAUGGGGGUAAGUUAACCCACCUCCAGCUGGCCAGGUACAUCUUUAGGCCCGUUGUGACUGGGGCAGGUGGACUUGGGGAUAGAGAUCCCUGCACUUGGAACUGGACUCUAGCCCACCAGUUCCAUUUCAGGUGGUAGCAGUUUUUGAUCACUUAUUAUUACAAGGUCAUGUUGGAAGCUUAUCUUGCUCUUACUAUAGAUACUUAGGUAACGUGGAUUUGUUUUGGUAGCUGCUUUACUGAAUGAAAUGCUACUUAUGUAAAAGCUGCAAAUAAUGUGAUUCCUAGGAUGCGAAGUUGAUUAACAACUCUCUUGUCCAGUUUUCUUCUUUCUAAAACUACGGAGAUAAUAAGAGGGUGACAGUCCAAGUAUGAAACAACUUAUGGUACAAGCUUCAAUUUCUGUGAGAUGCCACUGUCACAGUAUGUUUCAGACUCUUGAAAAGGCAGAGUUCUGUAUUGUAAUACUAACAGUUUGAACACUUGUAUCUAAUCAUCAUUCUUUAGUGUGCCAGAGAUAGGCCUUUCUAAUUGGUUUGCUGUCCCAAAUCCUUUUUGUUUAACUGUAGCAUCCACACAGUGGGGUCUGCUCUAUGGCUAGCAGCCGUCUAGCUUGCUGUGACUGACCCCGGUACCGUUGGCUGCUGUAGCCGUUUUGCGCUGUCUUAAAUUAUGGUGCUUCCCAAGGAGGUCAGUCAGUGACCGCAGUUAGUGGGAAGGAGCCAGAAUCACGGCAAGAAUGACCUGUGAACUUCAGGAGUUAAUAGGAGGCUACAGUGACACUCCCAACUGGCAGAAUGAGAGUUGCCGAAUAGCAGGAUUGUGAGUGGCAGGUAAUAAUGGAGGGGGAGAAACUGCACAAAGAAAAGAGGGGUCCUGGACAUACAUCGGUGGGGGAGAUAUUCAUUCAGAGGGCCACACUGAGCUAAUGCCGCCAGUUCUCUUAGGAGUGCUGGAAUGUGUUUUAAAAGGGGAAAGAAGAAAUCCUAAUUUUAGAAACUAGUCUACAGAUUCAUGCUCCCAAAUUAUAGAUAAAGCUGCAUAAAUUUACAAGUCCACAUAGCUAGCCCUACCUACCAAAAACAACAAGAUGAGCAGCUAUUCUGAGACCUUUUCUGCCGAUCAGUCAGAUGUUUCAGGGUGAAAAGCAGGCAUAUAUUCAGGAUGCUUUUAGCUGUGUAAUAUACCUUCGGUUACCACCAGGGUAGGACAGGGUGCUACUCUAUGUCAACUUUUCCAUAAGCUUACUGAUCUAUUACUUCCAAGUGGAAACUUUUUUUCCUGAAAAUAAAAAUAACUUUUCUUGGCUUUGGGAUGGAAUUUUGUUUUAAAAGUUUGGUUUUGCUCUAAUGUGACAGACAUUGCUGGCAAUGGCCUCUGGUCCUUAAGCUCCUACCAGCAGGUGUUCACUUGUUGAAUGUUGUCUGGAAAGGGGAAAGCAAGUACUUACUUACCAGUUAACUCUUGUAAGCAAGAUGAAAAAACAGGGAUCUAUUCGUUAACACUGUAUCAUUCUCGAUAUGUAAAAGCACUUUGUAUUUAAAACUUUAUGAUAAAUAUACAUAUAUAUAUAUUGAUUUUUUAACCUAGAAACUAGAUAUUACCUCUUGGUUGUUUGCCACAUUAAUAGCCUCCUAGUGUUGAAACUUCCCCCAUUACCAGUCCUUUCUCUGUGAACCUGACAGAAGUGACUGUACAAUCAAGCUCAGCAGCUCGUUUCCUUUCUCUCGUGUUAGAAGCCAGUGGGCUCUAGGUCUGAUCCCAGCCAUUCUGUGCGAGGAGCAAUUGUCUUAUUACUCCUGCUAAUUCCAGUUUCAAGGUAGUAAAGCCGUUUUAUUCUGCCAGCAGCUGAUUGCCCUCUUCCAUGGUCUCAGCAAACCAUUGUCUCUCUGUUUAGAAAAUGUGACAUCCUGUUUCCUGUUAAAGAUUAUACUCAGAUGAGCACUGGACAUUUGAGGAGAAGUCCCAGCGGUAAAAAUAAAAUAUUGGGGAAAAUCAUGGUCCUUCAGGUAUGCUGAAGUCAGCUAGCACCCUUGGCAUGAGUAAUGACGAAGCCUCGGGCUCACUGGGAGUGGUGGGCAGCCUUGAGUGGUCGUUCUAGAAGCAGUCAGUUGUACUGGGACUUAACUUCAUGUGCUGUGAAGACAGGUGUGUCUUUGGUUGAAAUCCUUAUAUGCACAUCAGCUACUAAAUGUAGAAUUUAAAGUCUUAAGUUCCUCACCUCUGCUGUGUUGUUUUUUUAUGAUCAUUGGGGUUUCCAUAAAAAUUAGGAUUGCUAAUCCGGUCAGCCAGACCCCGGGAGAUGGUUGGGCAUCUGAAAUGCUAGCAUGUUCGGAGAGGUGGGAGAAGGGAUUGCCUUAGUUUGGAUAGUAAAAGUGAAUUUUUAUAAACUCAGCUUUUUAGGAGUAGGAGGUCAUACUGUGCUACUACCUGUUUUUCCUGCCAACCCUGGGUUGGAUAGUCUGUCUCAGCCUCCGUACAGCUUUAGAAAUCUUUAUCCUUCCAAAGUUUGGUUGGCCAUGGGUAACAUUUUCCAAACAGCCUUUCAGGGAUUGUGUCAGUGGCCUACAACCAAGGUAUCUGUCCUCUACUUUGAGUGUUAACUGUGGUUUCCUCUCUCCCAGUGGGAAAGGGCUUCAAGGCACCACCAGUGGUAUUUAAUAUGAGUACUGAUACAAUGCCUUUAAUCGUAGAUGUACACAUCAUAGUAAUCCGUGUGGAAAGUAGGUGUCACUGUCUACAGAAGGACUGCGACAGUCUUUCCUCAAGUGCUGAGGGUCACCCUCAGGCACUCCUGGGCCAGCCUGUUGAUUCGAUUUCUAGAUCUCACCUUCCCCCACUCUCUUCUUUUGGCCACAACUUUCAGAGAGUCUGCCCAGAGGGUCUCCUCCAUUCUAGUGGGCUUGUGCUGAGCUGAAUUGGCCCUAAGAUGACUUCUAGCUAUUUGGGAAGGCUGCCAGGUCUCAGUGGCUCCUUCCCUCAGAGGCACUCAUGUUCCCAAGCUGCUUCCCCUGGGGAGCGGGAUUCACUGCAGUCCCCUGGUUACCAAGGGUGGCAAAGACUCCAUCACACCCAAUCCAGGUGUUUGCUUGUAAAAGGUCUCUCAUCAUGUAGGAAUGCUGGAAACCACGCAACAUAUUAUCUGCCCCCUCAGCCCCCAUCCAUGCCACACUUAAUUUUGUGAUUUAUGUUGCUUUCAUGGGUGACUGACAUUGUUCAGUGAAACCAGGGUUGGUUGGUUUGAGUUUUUUCUUAACUACUUAUGUAUUUAAAGGUACAUGUUUCUUAUUUUAGAUCUCUACUGAUAGCACUCUAUGGGAAGAUGCUGGAACACAUUUUGCAAAUGUGACUUUGUUUUUAGUUUUGCUUGAAGCCUGUGUCACAAUGUCAGUUGCUGCUGCCUUCUUUCCUUUUAUGAGGUUCCCAAUGUUUCUUCCAGAAAAUUAUUUAUGCAAGUCAGGUGACUCUUAGACCACGAAACAAUUUGAUGAUAAACAGAUUAUCACUAGGUGCAUAUCUUAUUGAUAUUUUGUGAACUGUUAUGCCUGUGUUGCAAAAGUUGAAUAGUUUUGUCUUUAUAUAUUGCUGUCCUCAGUGUACAGCAUGGUUUUACUUAAUUGAAUGUUACUGUUUAAUAUUUUCUUCUUAUAGAAGAGACCAUGCCCUUUUGUAUGACAUGUUUUAAUAAAUGUUAUCUGUCAACUUUGUAAAAGUUUUUUCACUCUGAGUAAAUGAAACAUGUCUUUGUUUUCCUUCUGGCUUUUGCCACCUGAGAAUAAAAGUUAUAUUGUGGCCUUUUGA